UGUAUCACCUGGUUUUUCAUACACCGCUGAGAAGCCCUGAGUGUUAGACUGGGUGAACUUUGGGUCGCUGGUGCUCGGCGAACGCUAACAGGUGUCACAAAGCUGCCUUCAGCCUAAUGGAGGACUCCAAGCAGCUUUUGGCUGCCAGGUCAGAGGAGAGUCAGCGAAACGGCUGCUGCGGCUUAGAUACAAAGACGGUGGAGGAUUUCAGACGGAGGCUCAAAUACUUCUUCAUGAAUCCCUGCGAGAAGUACAGAGCCAGGGGUCGGAAACCAUGGAAACUGACGAUACAAAUAUUAAAAAUUGCAAUCACUACUAUCCAGUUGGUGUCUUUUGGCCUGAGUAAUGAAAUGAUGGUGACUUUCAAGGAUGAAAAUUUGAUGACAUUCAGGAAUCUGUUUCUCAAAGGAUACAAGGAUCACCGGCACGGAAGCCUUUCCCUUUAUACCAAAAGAGAUGUGAAUGAGCACAUUCACUACAUUAUCAACAGGUAUACCAAUCUCCAAAACCUGACUGUAGGUAAUCUUGCAUAUGAGCUCAUUAAUGGCGACUACACUCCUCUGACUUUGUGUCAAGUGUUUUAUAGAAACAGCACCAUCGAUCCUGAAAACGACACCUUUGAUAUUGAUCCGCAUAUUGAUAAAGAUUGUAUUUCCAUACACCCUAUGCAAUCAUUGAGCAACGACACUCUGGCAACGCAUCCCAACUUCUCUUUGGAUUUCAGAAGGAUGCUAUCUGUGAACAUCUACCUAACUCUGAAAACCAUCAAUCUGCAGACUGUGCGGCACCACGAGCUACCAGACUGUUAUGGCUUCCACAUAGUGAUCGUUUUUGACAAUCGUGCACACAGCGGAAAGAUAAAGGUUGAUAUUGAAAAUGAUGUUAGAAUUUAUGAAUGCAGUGACUGGAACGUGGAAGGCACAUCUGGGAAGAACGAUUAUCUCCUCUUGUCGUUUGAUUCUGUGGUCUUCCUCGCCUGUUUCGCCUCUCUCAUCCUCUGCAUACGAUCUGUCGUCCAUGGCAUCCAGCUCCAGUUUGAGUUCAGCAUAUUUUUCAGUGCCUACUACAAUAAAACUGUGUCCUGGUCAGACCGCAUGGAGUUUGUGAAUGGCUGGUACAUCCUCAUUAUUGUCAGUGACAUAAUGACCAUCACUGGAUCAGUGCUGAAAAUUGGGAUACAAACAAAGUUCUUAACAAACUAUGACGUCUGCAGUAUCUUGCUGGGAACAGCCACGAUGCUUGUCUGGGUUGGUGUGAUUCGUUACCUGAGUUUCUUCAAGCAGUACAAUAUCUUAAUCUUAACCUUGAGGGCGGCAUUGCCCAACGUGUUUCGAUUCUGCGUCUGUGCAGCCAUAAUCUACCUCGGGUACUGUUUCUGUGGCUGGAUCGUCCUUGGACCUUACCACGACAAAUUCAGAACACUGGCUAAAGUGACAGAGUGCCUCUUCUCUCUCCUCAAUGGUGAUGAUAUGUUUUCCACCUUUCUGAGGAUGAGAGACAAAACCUACAUGGUGUGGCUCUUCAGCAGACUCUACCUCUAUUCCUUCAUCUCUAUCUUCAUCUACAUGGUGCUCAGUCUGUUCAUUGCUCUUAUCACUGACACGUACGAAACCAUCAAGCAUCAUCAGAAAGACAAGGAGCCAGUGUCCCAGCUUCAGGCCUUCAUUGCAAAGUGCAUAGAUCAGCCUGAGUCUGGACGAUACCAGAAUACUGACGAGUCGACCUGCUGCAUGUUUUCAAGUGGUUGCUUUGGAUAACAGGAUGUAGUAUCAUCUUUUUGCCAAUUGUGAGCAACGGGUUGCCCUCAUGUGACUGCAAAAUGCCCCACAGGGUCCUGAGAGUCUGUAUAGAGCCUUUGUUAACACUAUUGGGUGAUAGUGAUGGAAUAUCUUCCA